CAAUGCCGUCUUACUGGUUUUCGGUUUGUUGGCGCUCUCAUUGUGAGAUUCAAGUGUGUCUGUUGUCACAACCUGACAUAUAACUUCUAAUUCUUUCCAUCUUACCGCAAAGGCAAAGCCAGCAAACGCAACACGAAGAAACUGUCAACAUGCAUGUGGUUAAACGAGAUGGACACCAGGAGGCAGUUAGCUUUGACAAAAUCACAUCUCGCAUCCAGAAGCUUUGCUAUGGCCUCAAUUCUGACUUUGUGGACCCCACCGCAAUCACAAUGAAGGUGAUCCAAGGUUUGUACAACGGCGUGACCACUGUUGAGCUGGACACUCUGGCAGCAGAGACCGCCGCCACCCUGACCACCAAACACCCUGACUACGCCAUCCUGGCUGCACGUAUUGCCGUGUCUAACCUGCACAAAGAGACCAAGAAGGUCUUCAGUGAUGUCAUGGAGGACCUGUUCAGCUAUGUCAACCCCAUCAACAAGCGUCACUCCCCCAUGAUCUCCAAGGAGACACUUGACAUUAUCCUUGAGAACAAGGCACGUCUCAACUCUGCCAUCAUUUACGACAGAGACUUUUCCUACAACUUCUUUGGGUUUAAGACUCUUGAGCGAUCGUACUUGUUGAAAAUAAAUGGCAAAGUGGCCGAGAGACCCCAGCACAUGUUAAUGAGAGUGGCAGUGGGGAUCCACAAAGGAGACAUCGAUGCCGCUGUUGAGACAUACAACCUACUGUCAGAGAAGUGGUUCACACAUGCCUCCCCCACUUUGUUCAACGCUGGUACCAACAAGCCACAACUGUCCAGCUGUUUCCUGCUGGCCAUGAAAGAGGAUAGCAUUGAUGGCAUUUAUGACACACUGAAGCAGUGCGCCCUCAUCUCUAAGUCAGCUGGGGGCAUCGGACUGGCCGUCAGCUGCAUCAGAGCUACCGGCAGCUACAUUGCAGGGACAAACGGUACCUCGAACGGACUGGUUCCUAUGCUAAGGGUCUACAACAACACGUCACGUUAUGUUGACCAAGGAGGCAACAAGAGGCCGGGUGCGUUUGCUGUCUACUUGGAGCCAUGGCAUUUUGAUGUGUUUGACUUUUUGGAUUUGAAGAAGAACACGGGCAAGGAGGAGCAAAGAGCCAGAGACCUGUUCUUUGCCAUGUGGAUCCCAGACCUCUUUAUGAAACGAGUGGAAAGCAAUCAGGACUGGUCCCUGAUGUGCCCCAAUGAGUGUCCCGGGUUAGAUGAGUGCUGGGGAGAAGAGUUUGAGAAACUCUACACCAGAUACGAAAAAGAGGGACGGACUAAGCGCGUGGUGAAAGCUCAGCAGCUGUGGUAUGCCAUCAUCGAGUCCCAGACAGAAACCGGUACUCCAUACAUGCUCUACAAGGACGCCUGCAACAGGAAGAGCAACCAGCAGAACCUAGGAACCAUCAAGUCCAGCAACCUGUGCACAGAGAUUGUCGAGUACACCAGUAAGGAUGAGGUCGCUGUGUGUAACUUGGCUUCCAUCGCCCUCAACAUGUACGUCACGCCAGAGAAGAUCUUUGAUUUCCAAAAGCUUGCAUCCGUCACCAAAGUGAUCGUAAAGAACCUGAACAAGAUCAUCGACAUCAACUACUACCCUAUACCUGAGGCUGAGAGAUCCAACAAACGGCAUCGGCCAAUAGGAAUCGGCGUUCAAGGUCUGGCCGACGCCUUCAUCCUGAUGCGUCACCCGUUUGAGAGCCAGAAGGCCCAACUGCUCAACAUCCAAAUAUUCGAAACCAUCUACUAUGCUGCUCUGGAGGCCAGCUGUGAACUUGCUGCAGAGUUUGGGCCAUAUGAAACCUACGCUGGUUCUCCUGUCAGCAAAGGGAUCCUUCAGUACGACAUGUGGCAGCGAACACCAACAGAUUUGUGGGACUGGAGAGCAUUGAAGGAGAAAAUAGCCAAGCACGGUGUGAGGAACAGCUUGCUCUUGGCCCCCAUGCCCACAGCCUCCACGGCCCAGAUUCUCGGCAACAAUGAGUCCAUCGAGGCGUACACCAGCAACAUCUACACCCGCAGAGUGCUCUCGGGGGAGUUCCAGAUUGUCAAUCCUCACCUGCUGAAGGACCUCACAGAGAGAGGCCUGUGGAGCGAUGACAUGAAGAACCACCUCAUUGCUCAGAACGGCUCCAUCCAGGCCAUCGAGGGCAUCCCAGCAGAUCUGAAGCAGUUGUAUAAAACCGUGUGGGAGAUCUCUCAGAAGACUGUCCUGAAGAUGGCGGCAGACCGUGGCGCCUACAUCGACCAGAGCCAGUCUCUGAACAUCCACAUCGCUGAGCCCAACUACGGCAAACUGAGCAGCAUGCACUUCUACGGCUGGAAGCUGGGCCUGAAAACUGGCAUGUACUAUCUGAGGACCAAGCCUGCUGCCAACCCCAUCCAGUUCACACUGAACAAAGAGAAAUUAAAGGACACCCUGCCAGCUCAGAGUUCAGAGACCAAAGAGCGCAACGUUGCAGCAAUGGUGUGUUCACUCGCCAAUAAAGACGAGUGUCUCAUGUGUGGCUCCUAGCUCCAUCGCUUGAUGAGCACCACUUCCUCAUCUUGAAACACAUUGUAAAUAUAUUAUAUCCUCACGGUGGAUUUUUUUGUUUGUUUUAAACAUGCAGGUUUGUGGUUAUUUAUUAUUUGCUUUUGUGUACAUUGUGGAUUAUGUGGAAUAACAAAAUGCAAUUAUUAUUUACAUCCAAAUAUCCUAUUUUCCGGACUAUCAGUCAUUUUUGGUCUGGUCCUCUGAUUUACACUACAUAACGAAUCCCCCCCCCCCCCCCCCCCCCCCCCGCCCCACACACACACCGACACCCAGAAGAGUGCGCAGUAGGCAUGUGUGCCAGUAUCUGCUAAUCCUAUCACUCCUGGACCACUGAAAAUGUACAAUGUAAACAUCAACUGAGAAAGAUGGAACACAAACGCCCCUAAAAAGAAAAUAAUUCUGCAGAUUACAUGUUGCAAAUGAACUAGUUAUGUUGUUUGAACUAUUAAUAUGUUAUGUCACCUGUUCUUCAUUUUAUUAUUACUAUAACUUGCCUUUCAAGAUGACAAGGCUCUUCUUGGGCUCUGAUUUUAAACAAUAAAUCCAACUUAUAUGUUGUUUUUUCUUUGUGCAUUUUUGUCUAGUGCGACUUAUAGUCCGGAAAAUCUGGUAUGUUUUGUUGGUUUUUUUUUUUUUAAAGCAUUUUGUCAGAAUAAUUAACUUUACAUCUUGACAGGGCAUUGAACUGAUCGCAACCAGACUGUUCAGGUUGUCUUAGAAGACGCUUCACCUCUCAUAGGACUGGUUCAUGCUCAACUACUAGGUAGGACAACUCUAGCUGGGUGUGGGUGCAGGAUCCUAAGUAUUUAUCCUCCCAGGGUAGAGGCAUGCUCAGACAAGAACGGUUUCACUCUUCUGGUGAAAAAGAUGCAGUGGAGUGGGGCCCUCUUGUCGUGGAAACACUUGUGUGACCACCAAAACAGUCCAGUUGUGAUCUGAGAAUACAAUGACCUGGAUAAGUGAGAGCAUUCAUAGUCAAUAUUUAUAAGUACUUUAAAUAUAUUAGACACUAUCGUCACGUAAUUUAAGUUCAACUCCGACAUCUUCAAGUAUACAGCAUGUCUUCGUAAUCUGCCUUGACAGAAAGAAUACUCUUUGACAUGUAGAUAUGAAUUAUUACUGUCGCUGCUAACGCACACAUAACUGCACUCAAUAAUGUAUGACAUGAGGCAAAAGUUUGAGGACACUUUCCCUUUUAGUUGAAUGCAAAAGUGUCUCCAAAGUUGUGACUGUACAUUUGGAAAUGGGGCCUUUGUGUUGAUGUGAUUAUAUAACACAAAGAGUGGAUAAUGUUUUGUGGAUAAAACUUUGUAAUUCAUCACACAAAUAAAUAUGAACA